AUGGCUAGAAGAAAGAAUCAAAAGAAGGGACCAAAAAAGACUUUUGGUACUCGUGAUGACUCCAACAACCAAAAGAAUUGGACUGAAUUAGUGAAGGAAAACGAGAAAUGGGAAACUUACUACAAGGAUUUAGGUGUAAUCCCAGUUGAAGAAUGGGACCAGUUUAAGAAGACUUGCCAGUCGCAAUUACCUUUAACUUUUAGAAUCACUGGUUCUCGUAAACAUUCUAAAGAAGUACUACAACUGUUCCAAGAACACCAUCUACCCAAUUUGACCAACGUUACUUGGGAAAAUGAAGUGGUUAAGCCACCAAUGGCUUUGCCAUGGUACCCGGAACAUCUUGGCUGGCAAUUAGAUGUUUCUAAGAGUGUUAUCAGAAAAAAUGAACAGUUUGCUCGUAUGCAAAGAUUCCUUGUUGUUGAAAACGCUGUUGGUAACAUUUCCAGACAAGAAGCUGUCUCCAUGAUUCCACCUAUUGUGUUGGAUGUUAAGCCUCACCAUUAUGUUUUGGAUAUGUGUGCUGCCCCUGGUUCUAAGACUGCACAGUUGAUUGAAGCUUUACAUGCCGAAUCUGAUGAACCUUCUGGGUUUGUCAUAGCUAACGAUGCAGACUAUAAGAGAUCUCAUAUGUUGGUGCACCAAUUGAAACGUUUGAAUUCUGCUAACUUGAUGGUCGUUAACCAUGAUGCUCAAUUCUUCCCACGUAUCAAAGUGGAUUCCACCGAAGGUUCUAAAGGUCCUCAGUUCUUGAAAUUCGACAGAGUUUUAUGUGACGUUCCAUGUUCUGGUGACGGUACUAUGAGAAAGAACGUCAACGUUUGGAAGGAUUGGAACACUGGAUCUGGUCUAGGUUUACACAUUGUGCAAUUGAAUAUCUUGGAAAGAGGUCUAAAUUUGUUGAAAGAAGGUGGUAAACUUGUAUACUCCACUUGUUCUUUGAAUCCAAUUGAAAACGAAGCAGUUAUUGCUGCCGCUUUGAGAAGGUGGGGUGAUAAGGUAAGAUUGGUCAACUGUGAUGAUCAAUUGCCAGGUUUAGUCAGAUCUAAGGGUAUCACUGAAUGGAAGGUAUACGACAAACAAUUCCAAGUUAGAGAAAAAGGACAUGAAAACUGUUUGGAUUCAUGGUUCCCACCAACUGCAGAAGAGGUUGAAAAAUUCCAUUUGGAAAACUGUAUGAGAGUGUACCAACAUCAACAGAAUACAGGUGGGUUCUUUAUCACCGUUUUCGAGAAGAUCGAUACAUCAACUGCUGAAACUCCGGUACCAGCUUCUGAAACUGCUGCUGCUGUAGAAGAACAAGCCCAAGAACCUGAACUAAAAAAGGCUAAAAUCGAUACAUCCUCUACUGCCUCUCACAUUCAAAAGAAGGAAAAACUACCUCGUGAUGCCAAUGAAGAACCAUUUGUGUUCGUGGAUCCAAACCAUCCAGCAUUAGCCAAAUGUUGGGAGUUCUACGGUAUUGAUGACAAAUUUGAUAAGUCCACUUGUUUGGUUCGUAACGCUACUGGUGAACCAACUAGAACUAUCUACCACGUCGCUACUCCAUUGAAACAAUUGAUUGUAAACAAUGAAGAUAGACUAAAGAUUGUUUACUCCGGUGUAAAACUGUUUGUUUCCCAAAGGUCAGACAUUGAUUGUGCUUGGAGAAUUCAAUCCGAAUCCUUACCAAUCAUGAAACAACAUAUGAACUCUGCCAGAAUCGUCCCAGGUAACAUGGAAAUUCUAAAGAAGUUGUUAACUGAAGCUUUCCCAAGAUACGAAGACUUAACAGCGGACAACGUCGAUCCAGAAUUCAUUUCCAAGACUCAAAAACUGAGUGCAGGAUGCACUUUCAUUAAAGUCGAUAGAAAUGAUCCAUCCAAGGAAGAUUUGUUUUUACCAGUUUGGAACGGAUCAAAAUGUAUCAACUUGAUGGUUUGUAAAGAAGAUGUUCACGAAUUGUUGUACAGAAUUUUCGGCAUCGAAACAACCAGCAAACAAAAUCCAAAGGCUGAUCAUAUGGCCAAGAAGGCCCAAGAAGCAGCUGACGCAUCAGCUAACUCUUCGAAGGAAGAGACUUCUGAGAAAGAAGAAGUACCUGCUGUAACUGUCACUGAAACAUCCACGGCUGAAUAA